AUGACCAGCGCGUCAAGAUCUACCAGAAUAAGUACUGGCCGCACGAAACCACAAUUUUCAAUUGAACUUUGGAAUGUCUAUGAUGGGCUAAUUUCUAAUUGUUCACAUUCUAAUAAUUCUGUUGAAGGUUGGAACAAUGCGUUUGUACAACGGUUUUCAACCGCUCAUUCGACAAGUCUCAAGUUAACCGAAAAGAUCCCAGUUAAAAAAUCAAAAUUUGAAAUCGAUAUUGCUCGAAUUCGUCAAUGCCAUGAAUCAAAGUCGAAUAAAACAACAUAUCGAGAAGUCGACGGUCAAAUUACACGCUUGGUAACUGAUUAUGGUAACGUCGAUCUCAGCGAAUACUUGAAGAACAUUGCUGCAAAUGUAUCAAUAUAG